UGCAAAUACCUUGGCGGAGAUAACCGGGAUGUGUACGGAUGUGUGUGAGAGAGACUUAACGUUUCCUCAAAGUUGUAGCAGCCUCCUCCAUUCAGUGAGCUGAGAGCUUGAUGAAACUUUUCUUUUUGAAUGAGAAUCCCGCCGCUGGCUGGCACAUCUGGAGUCGGGGUCGUCGGAGCUGUCAAGUCCAGCGCCAACGUUUAGACGGACCUGGUCUGACCUCCUUCUCCUGCUUUGCCCUCCCUAAACUUUAAGGCGGAAUAUGGGACUUUAAAUUCUUGUCUCUUUAUUUUUAAGACUUUUUUCUUUCUUUCUUUCUUUCUUUUUUUUCAUAAUUACAAGGCACAAAAUGGAACACUCGGUCCUCAGAAUAACAUGCGUCUUGGUGGUUAUCUGUCUCUUGGAUAAAAGGGUAGACUCCAAUGAAAUCUUGGGCCUGAAGCUUCCCAACAUCGACCCGAUCCUGAAUGCCAACACGGUGUGUCUGACUCUGCCUGGUUUGACGCGGCGCCAGCUGGAGGUGUGCAUGCGUAACCCAGACGUGACGGCUUCAGCAAUCCAGGGAAUCCAGAUUGCCAUCCAUGAGUGCCAGCACCAGUUCAGAGGGCACCGCUGGAACUGCUCCAGCCUGGAGACUAGGAACAAAAUACCCUACGACAGCAUAGUCUUUAAAAGAGGUUUCAGAGAGAGUGCCUUUGCGUAUGCCAUUGCAGCAGCAGGGGUGGUGCACGCAGUGGCUAACGCCUGCUCCAUGGGCAAACUGAAGGCGUGCAGCUGUGACGAGAAGCGGCGUGGGGACGAGGAGGCCUUUCGCAUCAAACUGCACCGUUUGCAACUGGAGGCCAUCCACCGGGGGAAGGGCAUGGUACACGGCGUCAUGGAGCACUUCCCCGCCGACCUGCCGGGACCCCAGGACUCAUGGGAGUGGGGCGGCUGCAGCCCCGAUGUGGAAUUCGGCGAGAAGUUCUCAAGGGACUUCUUGGAUGCCCGCGAAACCUACAAGGACAUCCAUGCCCGUAUGAGGCUGCAUAAUAACAGAGUUGGGAGACAGGUGGUGCUCGACCACAUGAGAAGGAAAUGCAAGUGCCACGGGACGUCGGGGAGCUGCCAGCUGAAGACCUGCUGGCAGGUCACCCCAGAGUUCCGGGUGGUGGGCUCAAUCCUCAAAGAGCGCUUCCACAUCGCCACGCUUAUCAAAGCUCACAACCGAAACACCGGACAGCUCGAACCACAACCACCACAACCACCACCACCAUCACCACCAUCAGAACAACCACACCACCACCACACGCAUCGGCGGCGGCCAAGCAUCAACGAACUGGUCUACUUUGAAAAGUCGCCGGAUUUCUGCGAGCGGGACCUGGGGUCGGACUCGGCGGGCACGCAGGGCCGGAUCUGCAACAAGACCAGCCCAGGCAUGGACAACUGUGAGAGUCUGUGCUGCGGGAGAGGCCACAACAUCCUGCAGCAGACGCGGAGCGAACGCUGCAACUGCAAGUUUCACUGGUGCUGCUAUGUGGUGUGCGAAGAGUGCAGGAUAACAGAGUGGGUCAGUGUCUGCAAAUGAAGAAACACACACUAAAAGACUGUACGCAAUAAAGAAAACAAAGAAAAAGAGACUUUUCAAAAUCAAGACUAUUAAUUUGAAAGGGGAGUGUGACUGUAAUAUAUGUGCCCCAUACCUUUUUGCGGUGGACUGCUGUUUUCCAGAAGAGAGAGGACAGAGUGCGAAGCAGUUGAGCCAGCAGAAAGACAGAUGUGCAUGUUGGUAAAGAGUGUGCACAUGCAGCAUAUGUCUAAAGCUGCUCCAACUCAGAGAUGUUUGCUGCUUUCCUCUUGAGGCAAAGAGGAAGUUGAGAAUAAGCAGUAGAUUGCAUGCAGAGAGAAAAUAAUAUUGCAUUCAUAGCACCAGCAAUAUAUAAGGUGGAAAGGCUGAUGUCUGUGUCCCAUGACACUUAAAAAAUGGGGGAAGACAUCUGAUAUGUUUUUCAAACAGAUCAUGCAUUAUAUAGUAGUCCCUCUGUCACGUAUACAAUGACUUACAGCAUAAACACAGUCAUGUUACACAGUAUUUGCCAUGUCUCCGAUCUACUGCAUACAGGGAUAAAUAUAGAUCUGUUCACACAUCAGGAUUCACAAUGCACAGGAUUUGACACAGCACAGCACACCUGGAGCACUUAAGGAUUUAGUGCCUUGUUCAAGGGCAGUACAGACGUUUCAGUGUUUAUAGCAAUUAUCAUGUUACACCUAAAAAUACAUCAGAGGAUUGUCUGGCUCAGCUGUAGAUGUAGCAGUCCAUAUUACUAUGUUGUAUGCAUCAAUUGUAACCCUGAUAACAGUAGUACACCUCUCAAUAAAUACACAUUUUGGUUCAAAAAUAAAGGCAGAGGGGUCCAAAAUCGAGUCCCAAGACAGACUGGACUAAAGGGGCAAACUAUAUUAAAUUAUGGCUAGUGCAAAGGAGGACGUUACAGCAAUGAUGAAUCAGAGAGGCUAAAGUUGAUCAAAAGACCGAUCUGACAGUCUGAUUAUUGCAGCGGCUUCCUGGGAUUACAAGAGAAACCAUUUCCUUCCCUCUAAAAGAAGGCGCUGAAAUAAAAUCCACACAAAUCAGCUUCCAGUCGAGUAAGAACGAGCACGUGCCCUACACUAUAAGGUUAAUUUUGUGAAUCCGUAUGAAAAUUGCUGUUUUGUGACAAGAUCUUGUAGAGCUGAAUAUUACGGCUUGCCAAAAAACACAGCACAGAUGCAUUGUCCUGCGUUGUCCAAAAUGUUCCAUGUUGCGUCUGUGUUGUGUGUGGUAUGUAAUGUAAGAGGACUGUCAGAGUGCAGGGCACAGUAGACCUUAACUUAACGAGUACAGCUUUCAUCUUCGGCAUGAUCGGAACAGCAUUGUAAAUAAAGCUGAAUGAUGCUGCACAAAUGCCAUCAACAAACUUCAAGUGCCUCAGGAAACUGAGUGCACAUGAACAGGCUCCAGUUCCUCACAUUAUAAACAUCCCGAGCUGUCAUCAAUCCUCCUGUUUUGUGGUGCAAUGUACUGUGUGCGACACUGUAAGCUUCUUGUGAUUUAUCUACACUCACCUUCACACUUCUUCAGUGUGUGCAAGUAGGGAUGAUCUGAUGUCGGCUUUAAAGGAUAUAAAUAACAAAGUUGAUAUGGGUUUUUGCCUGUGUGCAUACUGAAGAUCAUAGUUGGUCUCAAGAAACUUGUAUGAGUGAGGCUCCUUAUCAGACAGUGUAAUUUAUUUCAAGUAAAUAUGUUUCUAUGUUGAAAGCAGAGGGGGAGAAAUUUAACAGAUUAUUUUGAUUCUGAUAAGUAGUUUGCACAUACAGAACUGUGUCCAGGAAAACUCUGGGAGAUAUCAGCAAUAUGCAUUUUUUUUAUGUCAUAAAUGUAAUGUAUGUUUGUAUUUUUAUGUUUUAAUAUGGUUAUUAUCUAAGUUAUUUUAUUUUUGUGGAUAACUUAAUAUUUGUAAAACAAUAAAGAAAGACCAUAAUAUGGCCAUAAAG